AUGCCGGAGAUCACUGAAACUACUCGGGUCGAUGAGAAGAUCACGGCAAUGGCGCAUGACUACUUCUUUCCGCAGCCGGUUCGAGGGGUCCACAAUUCUUCUAUGCACGCCGCCCUGCACGACUGGCUGGACGACAAGGCUAAGCAAAACUCAUCCACAUCAGAAACGCGAUGA